AUUCUGUGCCAUUAUGCGAAACACAGAAUGCUUUCUUACAGAGGCAUCAACUUUCACGUCUUUCAGAGUUUUCACCUUUAAUCGGGGAUUACGCUUUUAAUCAGAGAUUACGUCUUUCACCGGGUGUUUUGUCUUUUGCCAGAGAUUUUGUUUCUAGCCGGGGUUCCGCUGUUUCUCCAGAUGCCAUGGUUGGGCCUCGUUUUGAACAAACUGAUCUCGAAGUUCAGCCGAAUUCGGUAGCUGCCAUUGAUUUGAUCGCCGAAGAACCAAUUCAUUAUGUAGAAGGUAGAAUUGCCAUUUGUGAUGGAGGUAUUUAG